CUCCCGGUUCCCGCCGGCACCGUCCGGGCCGCCAGGCGCUCGGUUUCCUGCACCGCGUUUCAUUUUAUCUGCGCUUGUUCGCCGGUCGCCCUCCGGCCGGCCUCUCCUGAGGCUUCGGCAGGCUCGGCCUCCCUCGGACGGUGUCAUCGUCAACCAUCAGCACGCGACUGAGCAGCACCGGGCCGGAAACAGAAAUCCGGGUUCUGCUCUCUGCCCUGUCGCCGCCGGGUCACCUUGGACAAGCGACUUAUCCCCGGUUUCUGCUUUUGCAAAAUGGGCAAUGAUAACUCAGACCCUGGAAUUCCUUAAGGGCCCCCUAGAUCUUCUCGUCUUGAUAUUCAGCUUUUCCCAGCGCGUGGCUCACGUGGGACUCUUAAAGCUUUUCCUACUGCGCUGUGAGGACAAAAUGAGAUGACACAGCGUUGCAUACUUUGUUUUCCAUUUUCACCUUUAGAUGCUAUUAUUUUAUUUUAUUUUUUGACCCCAAACCAAAAGAAUGACUUCUGGAAUGUAUUUAGGGUUUGAUUACGGAAAAAAACAACGAAACCACUACCCAGUCCUGUGCCCCAGUCCAAAACAAAAAAACAGUGAAGAAGAUAACAGAGUGGGAAGCUAGGGCUAGUAUGUAGCAACGCUACUGGGGAGUGGGAGUGGGGAUUCCCUGCUAGAAGAGGUGAAGCAGAGAAUAUGUCUUUCCACUUGUAAGUCCUGCUAUAGAAUAUGGCAGUCCAUAUGUAAUUGGCUCAAUGGUGGCCCAAAGCACAGUGAUGGAGUAGCAGGGCUGGUAACAGUCGUUGCAGUAAUAUCUGGCCACCACCGAAAGAGUAGAACAUGGUGACCUGCUCCUAAGACUGUUUGGCAGUGUUUUUUUUCAGGGAUCCUUCAUCCAGGCUGGUAACGUUAGAAUGAGGAAAUUGAAGCAAUGGCAGCUAUCUAUGGCGAGGAAUGGUGUGUCAUUGAUGACUGUGCCAAAAUAUUUUGUAUUAGAAUUAGCGACGAUAUAGAUGACCCCAAGUGGACACUUUGCUUGCAGGUGAUGCUGCCAAAUGAGUACCCAGGAACAGCUCCACCUGUUUAUCAAUUGAAUGCUCCUUGGCUUAAAGGGCAAGAACGUGCAGAUUUAUCGAAUAGCCUUGAGGAAAUAUAUAUACAGAAUAUUGGUGAAAGCAUUCUUUACCUGUGGGUGGAGAAAAUAAGAGAUGUUCUAAUACAAAAAUCUCAGAUGACAGAACCAGGCCCUGAUGUAAAGAAGAAAACUGAAGAGGAAGAUGUAGAAUGUGAAGAUGAUCUCAUUUUAGCAUGUCAGCCAGAAACUCCUGCUAAAGCAUUGGAUUUUGAUAUCAGUGAAAAUCGAACAGAGAUAGAAGAAUUACCUCCGAUUGAUCAUGGCAUUCCUAUUACAGACCGAAGAAGUACUUUUCAGGCGCACUUGGCUCCAGUAGUUUGUCCCAAACAGGUGAAAAUGGUUCUUGCCAAAUUGUAUGAGAAUAAGAAAAUAGCUAGUGCCACCCACAACAUCUAUGCGUACCGAAUAUAUUGUGAGGAUAAACAGACCUUCUUACAGGACUGUGAAGAUGAUGGGGAGACAGCAGCUGGUGGGCGUCUUCUGCAUCUCAUGGAGAUUUUGAAUGUGAGAAAUGUCAUGGUGGUAGUAUCACGCUGGUAUGGAGGAAUCCUACUAGGACCAGAUCGCUUUAAACAUAUCAACAACUGUGCCAGAAACAUAUUAGUGGAGAGGAACUACACAAAUUCACCGGAGGAAUCAUCUAAGGCUUUGGGAAAAAACAAAAAAGUAAGAAAAGACAAGAAGAGGAGUGAACAUUAAUACCCAAAAUUAUAUGACAGGUUAAUAUGCCUAUCACUGUUCACAAAUUCCACAGUCACCAGGGAAUAUUGUGCAGAGAGGAUCCUGGACUGCUCAAGUUGGCCAAACCAUUGUGGACACCAGCGCUGUCUUUUCUUCUUUGGUUAUAUCAUCUGCCAAAAAUAGAGAACUUGUGAUAUAUUCAUGUGUAUUUCAGGCUGAUUCAGAAGAAUUAAUUUGAACUUAAUUGCCACUUCAUCUAAUUGAGGAAGGUAACAGUUGCCCAGGGCAGUACCUGAAUUAACUGUCCAUUUCAGUGCUUGUCAAGUGCCUUUGUUAGGUGGGGAAGAAAUGUCUCGAGAGGAGUAUAAAUACCUGGUAUCUUGUCGUCGGGAUUCUCAUUAUGUUAAAUGAAUAUUGCCUUUGACUGCUAUUUAUGGCUUAUUGGAAUAGGAGCUCAUGGCAGAUUGAUCUUGGAGAGUUUCUUCUUGUGAUUUUGGUUCACAGUAAGUCACCUUUCAUUUUAUAGUGUUCAUCAUUGAGUAAUGAUUAAGCAAAAAUCCAGGAGUAUCCAUCUGUAGUUAUGUGCUGAAGUGAUAAUUAAUCUGCCAGAUUUGUUUGCAUAAGUGUUAUUGCUUCCGUUUCUGUUGCAUAUUGGUGAUUGUGAAAUUUCAAAAUGUGACUUUUCUAACCUCUGCUUUUUUUGUUUAAUUCUUGUAAUGUAAAGCAGUAGAUAGGGAGUGUCUGUAGUUUUCUCCCGUCCCUGAAAUGUGUUAGUGUAAUAUUCUGUUUCUGUUUUUUUUUUUUUUUUAACAUCCUGGAAGUACCUUUCUUGUGAUCUUCAUUGAGGAAUUAGGACGAUGCUACAAGCUCUGCCGCAGUUAAUGGGGCGUUUAUAGAAGGGGAUAGAGGUGGGGAAAGCCACACUGGUGUGGGUAGCACGUCAUCCGGUGGUUAUGUAAGUGUGACGCAUGAUUUCUUCUACAUUCCAGCCAUCUUUCUCAACUCCAUGACUUUGCAGAGAAAAGGAACAAAUGUUUUGACUGGAAAAACAAAGAAAAUCCCUCUUUUUUUUCGUUAUUACCAGAUUUCCCUUUAUAUCAGUGUUUUAUGUUCCUCCUUUCAUCUGUAAGUUAUGCCCUAUACCUCUACGCAUCUAGACAAUACAGUUAUCUUUGAGAUAUAGCAGUAAGCUAUUAGCUGUUCCCCCUUUAGAUAUGAUUGCAAACAGUUAUUGAAAGUUAUUAAUUGAUUGCAGAUUUGUCUGGGAUUCUCUUCCAAACGCAGGGAACGGAAGUUCGGAGGCAACUUGGAAUGGUGCUUGCAUCAUGGAGAGCAUCACAAAUACUCUUUUUCUGUUCCCUUGCUGUCUUGCCUUUGAAAGACCCCAAACUCUUAUUUGGUAUUUUUAAUAAAAAUCUAGUAAAUGGCUUUAUACUAGGAUGGAUUCAGAAGUAAAAUCCAAAUUGUAUUUGUUGUAAAUAUGUCUAAUGUUGCCAGUGAUUAGUAGUUAUCAGAGGAUGUCCUAGAUAUAUUUAGAACACUUACCUCAGAUUCCACGAAAAGUUAAGUAGCUCCUGUUAACAAGUUGAAAUCCAUUAAUUAAUGUUAACUUCACAAUUUUGGCAUGUCUGACCUGUGAAAGAAGAUAUGAAACAGGAAGAAUUUGGUGCUGCUGAAAAAUUCAGUUAAUUUUUCCAAACACCAAAUUUGAAUUUCUUUCUUGCUGUUUCAUCUCACAGUUAUUUAGGUCUUUAGAUAGAAGACCUUAUAUCUGUGAUCUCAUUUGCCCUUAUUUUUAAAAAAAGUCUUAUUUUUGCUUCUUUCUACAAAAUUAUUAGUCAUAUUUUCCUGUUUAAAAAACCCAAUAUCCUUUGCCCAAAGGCAGUUAGCUAGUAGGGAGAGAUCUCAAAGUCUCCAAUUCUGAAAUCUGAGUUACUUAUAUUUGUAUUCAACCAUUAUGGACCCCCAACUAAUGAUAGCAUCUUUUCUCUAUUUAAAAUUUCUCUCUAUUAGAGGAUUUUCAGAUUCUCCAAACAAUAAUUUUCUAUAGCCAGAUCUAUAUGCUCUGGCAUAUUUUAUAAUAUACAGUAUUAGUUAAAAAUAUUCUCCAUAUGCCAGUAUGUAAGAGCAAGUAGCAUCUACUUUUUAAUGGGAAAAACAGUAUGAUUUGGAGGUAUGUAUCAUGAAACAGGAUAUAUUUGAAAAGAAUUUUAUCAAGCUAAUCACACCCAAGAAAGACUAGCAUGAAGCAGAUACUGUUUGGAGGGCAGGUGAAAUUUACUGGAAAAAUUGUAUAAUCACUUCUAAUUCUACUCUCUAGAGAUAACCAUUAUUAACAUUUGCUAUGUACAUCCUUCUAUUUUUUUCCUAUGCAUGAUUUUGUAUAUAUAGCUAUUUUUAUUUCCAUAAAAUGGUAUUAAACUGUAUAUACUGUUUUGUAUCCUGCAUAUUUCAUAUAGAAGUAUAUUGUUAACAUUUUCCCAUGUCAAUAAAUAUUCUUCUAUGGCUUA